AUGUAUUACCGACCGAAUACAUGUUCUGUACCUUAUGCUACUUUUUCUCGAUCAUUACUUUUACCUGGAAGAGUAACAACAAGUACAAGUGAUAAUAGUCAAAGUACAUAUUCUCCUCCACCAUCAGCAACAGUCAAUCAAGAAGAAUCAUUAACUCUUUUACUUGCUUCAUCUAUUCGAAAAGAAUCUCAUCAAAUAGGAGAAACAUUAAUGUCUUCACCAAAAUCAAAGAUGAUUGGAUGGACAAAACGAAAAUCGACUAGUGCUAAUAGUGGCAAUGAACAACGUCAUAGUUUUCUAUAUGAAUGA